AUGCUGCCGGCCGACACCAGCAACACAUCGCUCUGGAGACCACGCCGCGCCUUCGCGCCGCUGCUUCCGGACCGGCGGCCGCUGGCUGCCGGCUGCUCUCGCGUCUACGUCGACCUCGGGUGCAACGACGGGCUCAACCUGCGCCGGCUGUUCAUGCCAGCGGUGCACCGGUACGGGCAGAGUCUGUUUCGCGAGCUGGAUGCCGCCGUGGCUGGCGGGCAGUCCAACCGCUCGGACAUCUGCGCCAUCGGCUUCGAGCCGGUUCCGGCCAACGAGGAGUCCAUCCGCAAGCUGGUCGCCUCCCUCCGCGCCGGCGGCCAGGCGCGCGCUCAGCUGCUGGCCGUUUUCCCCGCUGCCGUCCACGCCACCAACGGACUGGCGACGUUUUACCUCGAUCAAAACGGCCCGGGCAGCGGCGGAGCAAAGUACCACAACUGGGGAUCGUCCUUGCUCAUGUGGGAGGCAGGGAUGGAGCGUCGGCAACUCCGCGUUCCGCAGGUCGGCCUGACGUACCUCCUGGAGCGCCUGCACGGCGCCGACGCCGACGCCGAGGCCGCACGCGUGCUGACCGUGAUGAAGAUGGACAUCGAGGGCGCCGAGUACGACGCGCUGCCGGCGGCGUGGCGCGCCGUCUGCGCGCGCGUCGACCGCCUCUUCCUCGAGACGCACGACCGCUUCUUCUCGGAGCGAUGGCACGGCCACCGCGCCGAAAUGGGCUCGGGCGAGGGCCGCGUCGCUCGGCUGCACGAGCUGCUGCGCCGCAUGGACGAUGAGCGCCGCGCGGGCCGAUGCCGCACGCGCUGGACCUUGCUCGGGGCCCGCGAGGGGCGCAGGGCAAGGUGA